UAGCUUACAGUCUUGGAAGCUCAUAGACCCUAUGAGAAGCCAUAUUGUCCGUACGAGUGACGUGGCGAAACACCGCAGGUCAAACAUCUGAUUACUUUCUUAGUUACGAUUGAAUUGGACGAUAAUUUAACGGGAACAGCUAUGGGGCUUUUCAUGGGACACGCUCUCCCCGGCAGCUUUUUCAUCGUCUUCGGGGUAUGGUGGUGCAUAAAGUAUUCCUACCGCUUUAUUCGUAAGAAUUCAAACGUAUUUAGGCAGACCAACAACCCGACUGUCAACAGCAAUGGAACACGACGUUUCUUUACAAGCCGCGAUGCCGAGUUCAUUGAAGGUAUAAUCGUCGUUGUGUUCGGUAGUGUUGGGGUCAUCGUUGAACAAUCUUGGCCUGAAUGGAAAUGGACCAUGUUAGACAAAGACACGGGAAAAUUUGUGCAUUCGGUAGAAUGGCAGCACUGCACUAUGUACAUAUUCUUUGGCAUCGCCGGUGCAGUAUUUGUCAUUGCACGUACGUGUGUCACUGGGCUGAAAGCUUUUGAGCACUUUUUCAUGGCCUUGGCUUUUUUCAUCGAAGGUAUGCUGUUUUACUUCCACGUUCACGCCCGUUCGCCUUUAGACAUUUCACUGCACUAUAUGUUGGUGAUUACAGUAUUGCUAACCGCACUGGUGACAUUCACCGAAAUUUGGAAAACUGAUGUCCAACUGCUGCCGUUCAUUCGCACCGGUCUAACCUUCACUCAGGGUACGUGGUUUUGGCAAGUCGCGUUUGUAUUAUACCCACCUAAUGGCGGCGCUCAUUGGGACCCCGACAGUCACGAGAACCUGAUGUUUGUAACAAUGGCAUUCUGCUGGCACAUCCUCGCAUGUAUGGCUGUGAUGGCUGGAAUCUUCGGCGUAAUAUCUGUCUAUUUCCGAAUGACUAUCACCCAGGCCAGCACCAACGAAAUUCGCCUUGAAUGCUACGAUAAGCUUAUCGAUGAAAUUUGAAUGUCAUGCCGGUACAUUGACGUUGACGCUCGGCGUAAGCGUAUGGGAGGUGUGUGCGUCCCCGUGAGAAGAGUCCAGGGUGUAUACUCCACGAACAUGUAUACUCCACGAACAUGUAUACUCCACGAACAUGUAUACUCCUCGUUGUUGGUUUCGUCUUGUUGAUACAUUAACUCGAGCAGUUAAUCCCAGCUCCCGUUCCAUGUCCAUGUUUCAGAAGUUUUUAUCUAUAAUUGUUUAGGGGGUGUUUAGCUUUUAUUUGAGGAUGGGGUGAAUAUGUACAUUGUAAAACUGAAUAAUUGAGCAUUUAAAGCAUUUGAGCAGUUUUUAUAAAAAUUACGAAAUACUAAACAAAUGUAGUACUAUUAAAAUAAAAUAUAUGAAAUUCAGAAAGAAAAAUAAGCUGCCCUACUGUAACAAUACAUCUGAUUUUAAUCAGUUUGAUCUGGACACCCUCGAUAAAUGGUUUCACUGCACUUCUCUGUACUUCUGUUCUUAUUGUCUGCUUUGGAAUGAUCGCGAAAUCAGUAUACAUACAGUUCAAGCCUUGUGAGUUAUCCGAUACUUUCGAACUGAAGCUCGUUCGGCCGAAAAAUUGCAGUUUUUCUGUUAUUUUUCCAUUAAAUAUCAACCUUUCUACAGUUUAUCUGACUUGCAGCACGUCACCCGCACAUGGAGAUUGUACAUUGCAUAAUGAGUUUAUAAAUAUUUAUAACUACAUUUGGGACGUAACAAAGAUCGAAACCACUUUGGUCCUGGUCGAUCAAAGGGUGUUAGCCUGCCUGACAACAUAAGAAAAAUAUUAAAUCGUUUUUCUUGGUGUGUGAAUGGAAUAUUGUAUGUAGCUGCGAUUGGAUUCGAUUCGCGAUUUGAUGGGCGUGCAAUUUAUUACAUGUGUGAAACAGGCUUUUGAUACUGUACCUGCGACAACGCAUCUCCAUUGUGUGGGAGAACUGUUAUGUAGUAAUGUAAUCACUAAAAUCACUGACACUUUAUUGCAGUUUUUUGAUUAGACUUUAUUUUAUGUGCUAGCAUAUUAUUAUUUUGUGAUAGGGAUAUUUAGUAUUAAAUCUAGAUUUUUAUUCUUA